ACCACCGAUCGCGACUUUGUUGUGUUAUGUUAAAAAUGACGCGCAUUUUGCGCUGAAAAUUGUUCCAGUCUAAUUAAUAAGAGCCCAGCUCCGCGCUCGAUACAAACUCUGUGUUCUCUAUUAUCAAUGUUCGUCGUACCUGCUUAACUUUUGAAGCGACGGGGAAUGUGAUUAGUGCGGCGUCCCUCAAAGUACAUAUACAUAUACAUGUGGGUGUGUCAGACAAGACAGUUCCAGCACUCACUCGGAAGCCACCGCCUUAACUGCGUAAGGAAAGAUAAAUAGUUUUAUUAAAAAAAAAAGCCGCGAUUAAGUGUACACCCCUUCUACGAAUCCAACCCACCAUAGAAGUCUUGUAAAUUAUGUUGAAGUUUAUACGAGGAAAGGGUCAACAGCCCAGCGUGGAAAGACAACGCCUACAGAAGGACCUCUUUGCUUAUCGAAAGGACGUUAUGAGUUUCCUAUGUCGAACGCCAGAGAUUAGUUUCAAGACCGCACAGCAUGGCUUCCCUCACAAGCCUUCGGCGGUGGCAUAUGAUCCUGUCUCAAAACUCAUGGCAAUUGGAACGCAAACAGGGGCCAUAAAGGUUUUUGGUCAACCCGGAGUUGAAUUGUAUGGGCAGCAUACAUUAGUGAACAAUUCCGCAUCGGAGCUAAACGUUCAACUACUUGAAUGGGUUUAUGGAACUGGUCGCAUACUUUCGUUAACAGCAGCCAAUCAAUUAAUUUUGUGGGAGCCUGUUGGCACGACUUUGCUCCCAAUCAAAACACUUCCCUUCGACGGCAAACUGAAAAAAGUUUCAUCGCUAUGCUGUUCCUUAAGCAAAGAUCUGCUUUGGAUUGGGACCGAAGGUGGAAAUAUCUAUCAACUCGAUUUACACACAUUUACAAUAAAAGAACCUGUAAUCUACCAUGAUGUGGUGUUAGAGCAGGUUCCACCAGCGUACAAGCUGAAUCCUGGAGCAAUUGAGUCUAUCCGCCAGCUUCCAAACGCUCUUAACAAGCUGCUAGUUGCUUACAACCGAGGUCUAUGUGUCUUAUGGGAUUUCGAAACAACUUCCGUGGAACGAGCAUACAUAGCCCCCGGACAUGGGCAAAGUGUUGGUCUCUCAGUGAACUUCGGAGGAUCGGAAUUCAGCUGGUAUCACGCUGAUGGCUCCUAUGCAACAUGGAGCAUAGAUAACGAGAAACCGCCGUCCAACGUAAACUAUGUUCCCUAUGGCCCUGAUCCGUGCAAGAGCAUAAAUCGUCUAUACAAAGGCAAGAGAGGAUCUAACGAUGUGAUUGUUUUUUCGGGCGGUAUGCCACGCUCAGCAUAUGGUGACCAUAACUGCGUUUCCGUACACGCCAGCGAUGGACACAAAGUGUGUCUUGAUUUUACAUCCAAAGUUAUUGACUUCUUUGUGACUUACAAAAAUAAUAGUGAUGUCGCUGAAGUGCUUGUUGUACUUCUUGAAGAAGAACUCUGCGCGUACGACCUCACUGACUCUAAUAUUUCUGCUGUCAAAGCCCCUUAUCUUCACUCUGUGCAUGCAUCAGCCGUUACCUGCAAUUAUCUGGCUUCUCAAGUCAUACAGUCCGUAUAUGAGAGCAUUAUACGAGCAGGCGAUGAGCAAGACAUUGACUACAGCAAUAUUGACUGGCCCAUUACUGGCGGUGCUCUUCCAGAUUUGGGAGAAUCUGAUGAAGAGGAUACGGCUAAAUUGUAUGAGAUAAUGUUAACGGGGCACGAAGAUGGCUCUGUUAAGUUUUGGGAUUGUACUGGAGUGUUGCUUAAACCAAUUUAUAAUUUUAAAACGGGCAGUAUUUUUGGAAGUGAACAUGACUUUCGGGACGAUGCAGUAGGUGACAUAAGUGCGGAACAACUUGAUGAAGGAGAACCGCCAUUUCGAAAGGCGGGUCUUUUUGAUCCUUACUCCGAUGAUCCUCGAUUGGCAGUAAAGAAAAUAGCAUUUUGUCCCAAAACCGGACAGCUUAUUGUUGGAGGCACUGCGGGUCAAAUUGUUAUAGCCAACUUUGAUGACGCCUACGAAAAGGUAUCUUUGAAGUACAGUUCAAUGAAUUUGGUAAGCGACCGUGAUGGGUUUGUCUGGAAAGGUCACGAUCAGCUCAACGUGCGACCCAACCUAUUGGACGGUGAUGCGAUCCCUGUAACUGAAAACGGCGUAAAUAUAUCAGGAGUGCUGCAAGUUUUGCCUCCUGCCAGCAUUACAUGCAUGGCACUUGAAGCAAAUUGGGGCCUCGUUUCCGGUGGAACUGCGCACGGGUUAGUGCUCUUUGACUUCAAGAACUUCGUUCCAGUAUUUCAUCGCUGCACAUUAAAUCCAAAUGAUCUCACUGGAGCAGGUGAGCAGCUGUCUCGUCGCAAGUCAUUUAAAAAAUCAUUGCGGGAGUCAUUUAGAAAGCUUCGCAAGGGUCGAUCGACAAGAAACAACCCCAGCAAUCAGGUGCCAACAACACUGGAGGCACGGCCCGUUGAGCGGCAAAUAGAAGCACGCUGUGCUGACGACGGACUGGGAUCUAUGGUGCGUUGUUUACUGUUUGCCAAAACUUAUGUUACCAAUGUGAACAUAACAUCGCCAACUUUAUGGUCAGCUACAAAUGCUAGUACCGUCUCGGUUUUCCUUUUGCAUCUGCCCCCAGCGCAGACCGCUGCAACAACAGUACCAUCGGCAAGUGGCAAUGUACCACCGCCCACUCCGCGUCGCAUUUCCGCGCAGCUCGCCAAAGAAAUUCAAUUAAAACAUCGUGCUCCAGUGGUGGGUAUAUCCAUCUUUGACCAGGCGGGUAGCCCGGUCGAUCAACUGAACGCCGGAGAAAACGGUAGUCCACCGCAUCGUCUACUUAUCGCUUCCGAAGAACAAUUUAAAGUGUUUUCACUUCCACAACUGAAGCCGAUAAACAAAUAUAAGCUUACCGCUAACGAGGGUGCUCGGAUUCGUCGCAUCCACUUUGGCUCGUUUAGUUGUCGCAUAUCGCCUGAGUUACUUCAGAACAUGCACGGGAGCAGCCCAACCAAAUCCACACGCUCACAUGGUGAUGGAGAGGGGUCUGCAAAUAUUAGUGCAAACCUGUCUGCUGGUCGUGGAGAUGUGUAUCACGAAACUGCACUGAUCUGUUUAACCAAUAUGGGCGAUAUUAUGGUUUUAUCAGUUCCUGAACUAAAAAGACAGCUAAACGCCGCUGCAGUACGUCGGGAAGACAUUAACGGAAUUUCCUCGCUCUGUUUUACAAACUCUGGCGAGGCCCUGUACAUGAUGUCUUCGUCCGAGUUGCAGCGCAUUGCGUUAGCCACAUCCACAGUCGUGCAACCCACAGGCAGUGUUGAAGUAGAACCUUUGGGAACUGAAGAGUCGGCCUUGGAAGAUAAGGAUCCAGAAAGCGAUAAAGAAACAUAUGCAAAUUCUGAAGUUGACAAUACACUAGACCCACCAGUCGCUACUAUUCGUGCUAAACCUAUAGAGGGAAAUAUUGAUAGAAGUAGUCUUCAUCUAACCAAUGGAAUCUGCAACACUAAUUCACCCAAUCAAGCCAACGAGACUAUCAGCAGCUCAAUUGGUGAUAUUACCGUUGACUCGGUGCGUGACCAUUUAAAUCUUACAACAACCACGUUGUGUUCCACGACUACAGAGGAGACUCUUGGUCGCCUAUCAGUGCUUAGCACACAAACAAGCAAAGCUACUACCACCGUAAACGUGAACGACAUUCCGGAUAUUAACAUUUCCAAUUUAGGGGACUUGUCAUCUAAAAGCAACACAACGGAAACGAGUACUAGUUCUGUAAUAAUAAAAUCUGUUAUUACGAGCAUAUCUCACGAAAAGACGAACGGUGAAAGCGAUAUAGGAACAACAAAAAAUACUGCGCCUGAAGAAAGUCAAUUCUAAUAAUUACAAACAGGUGCGGUCAAGUCUUAGCACACAUGACAAAAUACAACAAUUAAAACAAAUAUGUAAACUGUUUUGACGAUAUAAUAUAAAAAUGCGAACAAUGUAUUUAUAGUGUUUCGCGCACUCGCAGUGUAAAAACAAAAUCAUAAGAUGAAUUCACAGAAUUAUACUUGUGCUAUUAUCCUGACCGCAACUGUUUAUUUUACUUAUAAAUAUGUAUGUUUACGUAUUUUCACACAGUGACUUUACACAUGAUUAUUGUGGCGACAAAACAAGAAACAAUUGCAUUUUUUAAAACAUUUUUACCCAGGGACCGAAAACAAUCAAUACUUGUCAGAUUUCAUUUUAAAAGACUACAGUGAUUUUUAAAUGUAGGAAAUAACACUAUUUUAACUCUAGACCACAAAGUGUAAAAAUUAGCCAAAUUGAAUAGCAAACCAAAACAAUAUACACCUACCACAAUGUAUCUAAAACUCGAGAAAAUUGGCAUUAGCAAAUAAAAAUUACAAGUAAUGAAUUUUGUCGGUCCCUGUUUCUAUCUUCAAAAUAACGUUAAGUAUACAUUAUUUUCCAUAUUUUUAUGUUUACAAGAAUUUAGUGGAAUUUACACAUUUUAUACUUAUUCUUUUAAUGUUGAUAAAUGUGUGCGCAGCUUGUUACAUUACCAUGUAAAAACUAUGAAGAUAUCCGUUUCCCUGUUUAAUUCAAUUAUAUUUUUUGUAAAUAUGAGAAUUUGAUUCUAUAAGGUGCGUACUUUUAACGCUUUUGAAUGCACAAAUUGACCAAUCGUCAAUUUUGUUUCUUUAACCUUAUAUUCUAACGAAUUGGGGAACAGGUUUUAAAGAGUACAAAAUGAAACAAAUGCCUUAUCAACACUGACUAAAUUUAUAUUGGAUUUUAAAAAGUAUUAAAAAACAUGUACAUCUAUAGAUUAAAACUGUUUACUAUGCAUUUAACAAAUAAACAAAUAUAUUAAAGCA